AUGGCCCGCGCCGCCACCGCCGCCGCACCCCGCGCUCUCCGGCUCCUCGGCGCCGCGCUGCUGCUCCUGCUGCUGGUCCCCGCCGGCCGCCGCGCCGCAGGGGCGCCCGUGGUCGCCGAGCUGCGCUGCCAGUGCUUGCAGACCUUGCAGGGAAUUCACCUCAAGAACAUCCAGAACGUCAAGGUGACGCCCUCGGGACCCCACUGCGCCCAAACCGAAGUCAUAGCCACUCUCAAGAAUGGGCAGGAGGUUUGUCUCAACCCCGAAGCCCCCAUGGUCAAGAAAAUCAUCAAUAAGAUGCUAAACAAGGGCAGCACCGACUGAGCUAGAGAGAAGGCAGACGCCUGUGACUUACUGUUGCAGCCUUAGUGAAGUGGGAGCAGAAGAAAAGAAACAAAAACCUCCUGAGACCCCCU